CGUUUGACCCCUACCCGACUGAUGCAUCGCAUCCUAGUCCCCGCCAACCCCGCCGCUCCAAGCGGUCGGCACGAUCGAGCCCGACCCAGCUGGCAUGUUCAGCCCUCCUGUCGCUAAUUCACUUUGGUUUAGGGCUUGGAGUUUCGCCUAAUGCUGGCCUCGGUCCCAUGGACUGGAUUAUCCUCCCCGAUGUGGGUCAAACUGAGCCGCAUGCACACGGGAAGUUUCAUGGGCCAGCCAGCCACCUUGCGAACCAACCUCCAUUGCCGGGCCAAAACCUUCGUGGAAGUGAUCCGUGGAUGAUCAUGUCAUUACCUCUGGCGGGGUAACCUGCACAUGCAUCAAGAGUCGCUCCACGGCAACGUCUUUGGUGAACCUAGUGCCUUCAGAUGCCUGUCGAGACAGAAAAGGAGCCCGAGCGCUUCACCCAUACUCACACAUCAGGGCCUGAUCCUACAAUAUCCGUAACAACAUCGUCCCAAUAUGGCCGUCAGGCCAGCUUUGGUUUCCAACAACAUUAUUGAGCAGGGCAUGUUCUCGGCCUGCCUGGUCUUUUCACUAUUCGCGGUCAACUUCUUUUCCUCCGUCUUCUCACUCAUCUUGCAAGUCCUUCUCCUUGUUACCCGCUUGCCCCUCAUCUUCAUUACCAUCGCCGCCUACGGGAUACUACUGCAAUGGUUCCCAAGUGGCUCCGUUGUUAAGAAGCUUGCUUUAUUCAUACUGAUGGGUAUCUCCGGCACGUGGUGGACGGACCUACAAAUCGAUGGCGUUAGACGUGGCUCGGUAGCCCAACAGCCAUCCUGGCGCCUGCCUCAAGGCGGCUCCGUCAUCGUGUCAUCGGCAACUUCUCCUAUCGACGCUGUGUACCUUGCUGCGGCCUUCGAUCCUAUCUUUACUACAUCUUGUCCUGGGACGCGCAAAGUGCGCCGGCUGGGUUUGCUUCAGGCAAUCCUACGCGGGUUUCGGCGAAUCGGGGAUAAUCCUCUUGGAGGCGCUGCCCUUGGGGAGCUGGAGACCUUGCUUGUGGAACACCCAGCGCGAGUCAUUGUGGUGUUCCUGGACUGCCCAAAGACGAACAACAAGGGCCUAUUGCCCCGCUUAUCAAGCCUAGUCGCCGUUCCCCCUUCCACAAAUGCCUUCCGAGUCAGCAUCCGGUACACGCCGCCGGACGUGACAACACCGGACCAUGGCGGGUGCCUGGCAAUCCUCUGGAACGUGCUCUCCAGUCCUCUGCACCUUAUCCGAGUGCAUAUCGCCGACGACGUGAAUGUCCACACCGCUUUGUCACAGUCACACAAGACGAACAGCGAGCCUGCCAAUUUGGUAGCGCGGCACAACGGAGAUGGUCCGAACCGGAGUUCAAGGUCGGGGGUGACACGCCGACGCACAACUAAACGGCCGCUCAGGGUUCUCGGCGUCAUUAAAGAAUGAGUACAGCAAACAGGCAUCAGCCUUGGGUGGUCAGCAUACACUUGCUGUGCCGACUCUAAAAGUUGGAAAUUGCCCAGAGCCCCUUUGCUGCCGCCUUAGACAUCUGGAGCUCAAGAGCCUUAAACGAUGGAUGGGCCAAACUCUACGCGAAGACAUCAAGCGAACUCUUGCAGCUCGUCGAUGGUUGUAUAAGCAGCAAAGAUGAUCUUGGGAACGGGUCUACUAAGCCAAUCCCGGACACUCUCAUCCACAGUACUUACGGAUAAAGCGCAGACGAGUGAUUUUGUCAUACAGAAGUAAGGGAAGCUUAGGAAAAGCCUCAAUCAGAAAUAGAAUUUACUGGUAAAUCUAGGGUCAUAUGAG